UGUUGCCAAAGCCACAAUAUAACAAAUUCGUAGUAUUUAUACACAACUGCCAAACGAGUUUCUUGUUCUCUUCCCACUUAAUUCUCCUUCUCUCUCUACUUUCUCUCCCUACCUAAAACAUAUAUAAACUCAAACUUAAUCACAAUACAUUCAUAUACCCAUAUAGACUUAACCAGUUAACUAAUAAGCACUCUCUUUUUCUCUCAAAUAAAUAUAUUUUGAUUCAUAAAUGAUGAACAACGAUCUUAUUUCUUCAAAGAGCAAGAGGGUUUCGUGGUCCAAUAAGCUCAAAUCUUCGUUUUCUUCUAACCAUGGAAAAUCAAAGAGGAAAGAUGAGAAAGAAGGUAGCUUAUGUGGGAAGCUAAAUGUGAAUGAAGAGUACAAGGGAGUAUUUAGGACUAAAUCGUAUAUGGAAAUAUGGAGCAAAGUUCAAGUUGAGCUAACAAAAUCACCAAAAGCAACCUUAGACGACAAGCAUUCUUCAUCUUCUUUGAAUCAAGCAUCACCUUCACCUUCAUCAUCACAUUGUUCGUUCCCGUCCUCGUCCCCGUCCCCGUCCCCGUCCCCGUCCCCGUCCCCGUCAUCCUCUGUUUCAUCUCCGCUUCCAUUUUAUAUGCAAAACCUCUCCGAUCUCCUUCUAGAACCUCGGCAAGAGGCUGUGAUCGAUGUCAUAAAAUCGUCGAAUCUCCAAUCUCUUCUUGUUGAAUACUUUGGUGCCAGUCUGGAGGCUUGUAAUACAUGUGAAUUGCUCCUAAGAGGAAUCCACAAAACUCGGUCUAACCACCGCCUUAUUAAAAAGGUGCUCAAGUUAUCAGAAGAAGACGAACAAGGUUAUUUAAGUGAUGAAGAAUGCCAUAAAAUGCUAGCUUCCUUUGCUAGCCGAAACAAUCCUUUAUCAGAUAUCAUCAACAAUGGUGCCGUGGAUUUCCGUUUAAUCCAUGACAGAUAUACUCAUCUGCUUCGAAAAUUGAACUUAAAGAAGAGAAAAAUCAAGCGAAAGGAGAAGUUUACGCGGUUUUACAAGAAGACAGCUGGGUAUGGUUUUGUGAUUACUUACACGGUGCUUGCUGUGGCAUUACUGGCAUUAGCAAUGCAUACAGUGGUAGGAAUAUUAGGGGCACCAGGGCUAUUAUUGCCAUUUUCCACGGGUAUGAUAAUGGACAAAGUAAAAGGUGGAGGAUCACUCAAGACAAACUUCCUUAAACACCUAGGGUCACAACUAGAUGUGGCGGCUAGGGGAAUUUAUACUUUUAUCAAUGACUUUGAUACAGUGGGGAGGCUUGUGACACGGGUACACGACGAAGUUGAGCAUAAGAGACAGAUUGCAGAGAUGUGUGUAAGGAAUGGGAAGAACCAUCAAGUGAUUAAGGAAGCAUUAAGGAAUAUGCAAAUGCAUCAACAAGGGUUUCAAGAAGAGUUGGAUGAACUUGAACAACAUAUUUACUUGUGCUUUUUAACUAUUAACAGAUCAAGGAGAUUAGUUCUUCAACAAAUAUUAGCCCCUUUGACUUGAUAACGACGUACAAUGGAAGCCAUCUUGGCACGCGCUCGCCGCUCAGUGUACGUCUUUGGAUAGAAAUUAGCCACUAGGAUUUUUUUUUUGGUUUACAAAAAACAGAACAGCUCUUGAUUUUAUUCCACAUACAUACAUGAUACAUACAUACAUAUGUUAGAGUGAAAUUGAUUAGUUUUUGAUGAUUUAUGCACUGUAAUGUAAUACAUAAAAGGUUGAACUCAUUUUUUGAUUGUUCGAGUUUGAGUAAUGACAUUAA